AAACGCAAAUUUUAAAACGCUUUGUCGAAACUUUUUAACCCAGAUAAAAUGGAUGUGGCUGCGGAAAUCGAGAGGUUGGUGGACCAGGGCAAAUACCUGAUGCCCGACAUCCACAUCUCGCAGAGCGACUUGGCCCAUCCCACCGAGCCCAUUGUCACCAACAUCAUGGUGCACUAUCUGCGAUGCUUCGGAUUCCGCGUCGAACCGCCUUACAAAGUGGGCUCUGAACUGGCGCACGCAUCGCGGGAAGCGCGCGUCUUCCUCAUCCGAGUGUGCCGCCAAGUGGAGCGCAUCAUCCAGAUCUGCUUUCCCAACAAGACGUACUCUUAUGUGGACAUCAUAAAGCCAGCUGUCAAAAAGACCCUGACCAUUCUGGGCUACCUCUUCAACUAUCUGUCCUACUACAAACUGUUCAAGAAGAGCGUGCUGCCACCCGUGGAGGAGGCCAUCAAGCUGAAGGAUUCGCUAACGGCCGAGCUGAAAGCCAAGAGCCAGAACUUGGAGCAGCGCAGGCUGAAGGCGAAGGAGUGCGAGCUGGCCAUCGGCCAGCUGAAGAAGGACCUGCACCAGUCCCAGGCACAGCUCCUGCCGCUGAAAAAGUCCUGCAGCGAGCAGAGCAACGCCCUGGAGCUCAUCGAGCAGCUGCAGUCGGAGCUGGACAAGCGAAUCACCCACUGGGAGCAGCUGGUCGUGAAGGACAGCCAAGUGAUCGAGCUGCAGAACAAAAUCAAGAGCGCCAAUUCCCACGUCGAGAGCUGCAAAGCGGAGCUGGCCAACAAGGAGCUGGUGACCAACGAACAUCGCCAGAUUAUCGAGGCCAGCCAGCAGAUAGUCACGGCCCUGGAGAAGGCCAAGGCUGUGCUGCCGCUCAGCCAGGUGGAGGCCUACAAGGAGAGCUCCAAGCAGCUGGAGGCGAUGGAGAAGCAGCUGGCCACCGGGCAGGCCAAUUACCAGAAGAGGCGCCAGGAUGCGGAGGCCAUGAGGCAGGAACUCGCCCGGGGCGCCCAGCAGUACGAGGCCAGGAGGCAGAUGAACGAUGCGGAGCAUGACAAGCUGCAGAAGGCACUCGAAAAGCUGAAGGUCGAAGGCGAAGAGCGCCUGAACCGGAUAAAGCUGCUCGAGGACAACAUCAGCGAACUGGAGCAGGAGAAUCUAGGCAAGGAGCAGCUCCAUGCCAUUCUGAGUGAGCAGCUCGCCGAGGUUCUCGGCGACAAUUGGCAGUCGACUUCCACUUAAUAUACUGAUUUUAUUCUAUAUAAACUGCAAAACAGC